AUGAAGGUGAAGGUGAUUUCUCGGUCCACGGAUGAAUUCACUCGGGAACGAAGCCAAGACCUUCAGAGAGUGUUUCGUAACUUUGACCCUACUCUCCGAACUCAAGAGAAAGCCGUCGAGUAUGUUCGCGCUCUCAAUGCGGCAAAGUUGGAUAAGAUUUUUGCUCGGCCAUUUAUUGGCGCUUUGGAUGGGCACAUUGAUGCGAUCUCCUCUAUGGCUAAGAACCCCGCUCAUUUGAAGGGAAUAUUUUCAGGCUCUAUGGAUGGAGGUAUACAUUUCUCUCAUUAUUUCUUGCGGACAGUAUGCCAAUUUCCAGGUCACCAGGGUGCUGUGCGUGGUCUGACAGUAUCACCUGAUGGCCGUGUUCUUGUGUCAUGUGGGACUGACUCCACUGUUAGGCUAUGGAAUGUUCCCAUUCCUUCUCUGAUGGACUCUCAUUACUCUUCGCAUAACGAAGCCAAGCCAUUAGCAGUCUACAUCUGGAAAAAUGCUUUCUGGGCUGUUGAUCACCAGUAUGAAGGUGAACUUUUUGCUACAGCAGGAGCUCAAGUGGAUAUAUGGAAUCAUAACAGGUCUCAACCUGUUAAUAGCUUUGAGUGGGGUAAAGAUACUGUGUUAUCUGUACGGUUUAAUCCAGCAGAACCAAAUUUACUUGCAACAUCAUCCAGUGAUCGUAGCAUUGCAUUAUUUGACUUACGAGCAUCAUCUCCGGCAAGAAAGAUUAUUAUGAGGACAAAAACUAAUUCUAUAGCAUGGAAUCCGCAGGAGCCAAUGAACUUUACCACUGCAAAUGAAGAUUGCAAUUGUUAUAGUUAUGAUGCUCGAAAGUUGGAUGAGGCUAGAUGCGUGCAUCAGGACCAUGUUUCUGCUGUUAUGGACAUCGAUUACUCGUCAACUGGCCGGGAAUUCGUUACUGGGUCUUAUGACAGAACUGUUAGAAUAUUCCAAUUUAAUGGUGGUCACAGCCGUGAAGUUUAUCAUACUAAGAGAAUGCAAAGGGUCUUCUGUGUCAAGUACUGCAAUAAUUCAAGAUAUGUUAUCUCUGGUAGUGAUGACACUAAUCUUCGACUUUGGAAGGCUAAUGCAUCUGAACAGCAGGGAGUUAUCUUGCCUAGAGAGCGUAAGAAGCACGAAUAUCUUGAAGCUGUUAAGAAUCGUUACAAGCAUCUUCCAGAGGUUAAGCGCAUUGUCAGGCAUAGACACUUGCCGAAACCAAUAUACAAAGCUGGUGUUUUGAGGCGUAUCAUGGCCGAAGCUCAAAGAAAGAAAGAUGAGAGGAGGAGAGCUCAUAGUGCCCCAGGAAGUAUUCCCAGGGAGCCAUUUCGCAAGAAGAGAAUUAUCAAAGAAGUUGAAUGA